AAAAUCGUAUGUGACGUGAAAACCUAGACUAAAAUAUAAUAAUGAUAACUUUUCUAGAAAUUGUAUUCUCCCUCAUCAUCACAGCCCUAGCGGAUGUUAACAACAGAGAUAAUCUGCCCGUGCUAGAGUACCUCGGCUGCCAGGAUUGUCUGGCGGUGUACGCGCCAGUCUGCGGGACUGACGGGAAGACAUACACCAAUGUGUGCCGUUUGAACUGCGCCAACAGCAUGCGCACCAAAGACAAAUAUGUUAUGAUCGACAGAUACGGCCCGUGCAUAAGUUUUAAUAUCGAGUUUGACCGCCGAUAGUGUAAACAAAACUGUUUAGUAUUGGUUGAAACAUAA